UUCCGGGGAGAAGUUCCCUCCCAUUUCCCAAGGCCGGCGGAGCCCACGGCUUCCCAGGACUUGCCUGCUUGACACAACUUUUCUUUCUCUCUGCUCUGAGAGCCUCCUCCCGCGGCUUCCUUCCUUAAGCUCGUCGCAGGAGGGUCACGUGACGUCCGAGCGCGUCCUCCGUUAUUGCCAUUUGCAGGCGCCUAAAAGGUGCCCCCGGGCGGUGACGUAUAACUCCCGCGCCGGCUGAGGAAGGGAAGGGCCAGCCUCCGCAGCCAUCGGGUCUCCACGCCGGCGUCUCCUGCCGGGCACGAGUGCUGCGGAAUGGAGCUGGUCGCCGGCAGCUACGAGCAGGUCCUGUUUGGGUUCACGGUACAGCGCGGGCCGGCGAGGAGUGGCCAUCAGGAGACAUGGACUCCUGUGGCUGACUUCACUCACCACUCGCACACUGCCUCACUCUCGGUGCUGGCAGCCAACAGUCGCUAUGUAGUCUCUGGCAGCAAAGAUGAGACAAUUCACAUUUAUGACAUGAAAAAGAAGGUGGAGCAUGGGGCUCUGGUGUAUCACGCUGGCACAGUAACUUGCCUGAAAUUCCAUGGCAGCCGGUUCUUAAUCAGUGGGGCAGAAGACGGCUACAUCAGUAUCUGGGAUGUGAAGAGAUGGGAGUGCCUGAAGUCCAUUAAAGCUCACAGGGGACAUGUCACUUUCCUUUCUAUCCACCCGUCUGGCAAGUUGGCUCUGUCUGUUGGCACCGAUAAAACAUUAAGAACAUGGAAUCUUAUAGAGGGAAGAUCAGCUUUCAUAAAAAAUAUAAAGGAAAAUGCUCACAUAGUGGAGUGGUCCCCAAGUGGAGGGAAGUACAUAGUUGUUAUGCAGAAUAAAGUGGAUGUCUAUCGGCUGGGCACGGCGUCUGUGAGCGGCACCAUCACAAAUGGAAAGAGGAUCUCUUCUGUUACCUUUCUCUCAGACGCUGUCCUUGCAGUGGCUGGAGAUGAAGAAGUUGUAAGGUUUUUUGACUGUGAUUCCCUAGAGUGCCUCUCUGAAUUCAGAGCUCAUGAGAACAGGGUAAAAGACAUGGUCAGUUUUGAAGUCCCAGACCAUCACGUUCUUGUCACAGCAUCAAAUGAUGGCUUCAUCAAAAUGUGGACGCUUCCACAGGAUAAGAAAGGUCCUCCAUCUUUGCUGUGUGAGGCCAACACUGGUGCCAGGCUGACAUGUCUUACUGUGUGGUUAGACAGAGAGGCAAAUGGAAUGGAGAGCCUUCCUCCAGCAGCAGAGCCCUGCCCUGACCAACCUAAGACAAUCAAAAAGGAAUCUGGUGACACACUUCAGGAAGAAACAUCAGAACCUAACUCGGAGAAAUCUGAUGUAAGUGGUGACAGCAAGCAGCCAACAAAAGGAAAUAGCCCAGUGACAGCCAAGAAGAGGAAAAUGGCAAACAUGUCGGAAAAGAAGAGAAAGAAGAAAAUGUAACUCACGUGGCAAAUCCCAGAUUUCUCCUCCCUAUCUGAAUGUCCUUUUGACGGAAUUCUCCAUUUCCCUGUGAGAAAAAAAUGUCUCCUUCCGUAGAAAAUGUGCAGCUUAAGAAAAAGAACCACUCUUUAGGUGGUGCUUUGUUUUGUUAAAUGAUAAACGUUAUUUUGGCAGAUGGCAUUUUAUUAUAUAUUGUAGUAUAUAGUGAUUGUUUACUUUUUACUGUUCAGAGCAAGUAAAGAUAUGAAAAUUGUAUUUAAAAUAAUA